UCGGGCUCGAGCGCAGCCGCAGCGAGGCCCUGACCGACCCGUCGUCGGCUCACAAGCACGAAGCUAAUCUUCCCCCACUCGGUGGCCGCUGCUUCAGGACAGAAAUGUUUCAUCUUUGAAUGUCUGAACGAUCGAUCGAUCCUGGCCUAAAUGAAUAACGCCGCAAAAGCAGCAGCUCUCAUCAACGCUCGGGCACCUUGCCACCAUGUCGGAGCCGCCUUCUUUCAUUCCACCCCUGUCCUCGAACGCAAAAGACGCACCCACUGGGAACCCAGAUCUAACCAAUAUUCAAGAAGGUUCAGAAGAUUGCAUGCGAAGCAAACAUUGCUAAGGAAUGUAGAUGCUUAUGCUGAUUUGAUGUUCCAGAGAUGGCAAGAUGAGGCUGGUGAAGAUGACCCGUUCCUCGGUAGGGGCUCCUCAUGGUUUAAGCAGUACUGGACUAAGGGACCGAGGAGCGAUAGGAGCAGAAGAAAUGGACCUCAACAUUGGGGUAGAGGAGGUUUCCAAUUCUGUGAAGAAGAUUAUGAUGCUGAUACAAUUUUCAAGUCUGCCUUUGGUGGGAAUAGAUUCUACUUCUGUUCAUUUCUUAAUGAUGAUCCCCACUGGUGGGAAACAACGUCGAGCUACUCGAAUAGAAAUGGGAGAUAUGAGAAGUGGAGAUUUUCCAGCUAUGAUGAGUAUGACUCCUCAUCAGAGUCUGGGGAAUUCGAGGCAGAAUCUUCUAAUAGAAUGGCCCUUGGUUUGAGUGCCUCGGGUCCUUUAAAGCUUGAAGAUGUCAAGAAUGCAUAUCGAGCUUGUGCAUUGAAAUGGCAUCCUGAUCGUCACCAUGGCUCUUCCAAGGACGUUGCUGAGGAGAAGUUCAAGCUUUGUAGUGCAGCAUAUCAGUCUCUAUGUGAUAAGCUGGCUGUGAACUGAGGAUGCAUCAGAUGGUUCUUCAGAUUCUGGACCCUGGAAGCAUUAGAAUCCACGGUAGAUGCGAGGAACAUGUGUUACAUGCUAGCAACUACGCAAAAUAUGUUGGUCCUCAUCCGUCUUUAUAAUUCUCAUUGCAUAAAUCUUGAGAAGAGGUGUCAGUGCUGCCCGGUUGAGCAACCAGUGGCAGCCGAGGCUUUGCUAUUUUUGAUGUAAUCACCAUCAGUUUCGCAAACAUUAGGAACUAAUUAGCUUUUCUUUCUCAUUCUUUAUUGGCUAGUAUCUAGCAUAAAAUAGGACUAAUUUGUCAUAACAGUCUGGCAGAGAUUGGUGAAAUUAUAAGGUUUCAUGAAUCUAAUGAUUUCUCAGACAUUUCUCAAGUGGACUAAAA